AUGGAGGCCGGGUCGCCGCCCGGCAACAGCAAAUUGUUUGCGGGGCGAGACUUGCCGUCGAUAGAGGAAGACGACGAGGAGGGAGAGGAAGAAGAAGAAGACAUGCUCUCGUCGCUGUACGCGCUCGCCGGCGCGGCCAUCGGCCGGUGGAGCUGGGAGGCAGGCGGCGGCGGGCUGGAUGCCGUGUGCGGCGCGCAUACUUCUCAGUACUCACCCAUUCUGAACGACGUCGGCAUCAAGUACGGCUACCGCGACUUCAACGGGUCGUUCCUCAAGGAGAACGUCUACCGGCUGCCGGGGUCGGCGGCAGUGGACGCGGCGUGGGACGCGCUGGGGGUGAACUACCGGCCGGGACUUAUCGCGCGGGACGAGGGGCUCCGGAGCGGGCCCACGCCGGCGCAUGUGCAACGGGCGGACAAGUACGGCGGCGGCUUUUUCGUCAACGUCGAGGGUCUGCAUCACCUGAACUGUCUGAAUCUCGUCCGCAAGGCCCUGUUCUACAACUACGACUACUAUAAGGCGCUCGGACGGCACGCGUUUGCGAACGGCAACCACAUUGUCCAGCUGCAUGUGUGGUACGGCAGCAAGGAGCAGCUAGGCGCGUUCCCUGACUUUAACACGCGGCACAGGUGCAAGAACUACGACGACGUCCGCAAGUGGGCCGAGGCGCGGCAGGAACCUCCGGCCGACGCACUACCGGAUGAUUACACGGCGGUGCCUGCUGACGACGACGUUUUGCCCGAGACACCGUGA